GGGAGGGCCGCCCGUCCCGUGAGGCGCCGCGCUUGCAGGAAGACGCUCUGGCCCGCCCCUCUCGGCUGACGUUGGACAACAAAGAUGGCGGCGGGGAGCAGCAACUACUGGGAAGAUCUCAGGAAGCAAGCGAGGCAGCUGGAGAACGAGCUGGACUUGAAGCUGGUCUCCUUCAGCAAACUCUGCACCAGCUACAGCGGCGCCCGAGACGGAAGGCGCGACAGGUAUAGCUCUGACACAACUCCUCUCUUAAAUGGAUCAAGCCAGGACAGGAUGUUUGAGACCAUGGCUGUGGAGAUUGAACAGCUUCUGGGAAAGCUUACUGGGAUAAAUGACAAAAUGGCAGAAUACACGAACAGUGCAGGAGUCCCGUCCCUGAAUGCUGCACUGAUGCACACGUUACAGCGUCACAGAGACAUAUUGCAGGAUUAUACGCAUGAAUUCCACAAAACCAAAGCGAACUUUUUGGCAAUACGAGAAAGGGAGAAUCUGCUGGGAUCAGUACGAAAGGAUAUUGAAUCUUAUAAAAGUGGAUCUGGCGUGAAUAACAGAAGAACAGAACUCUUCCUGAAGGAACACGAGCACCUUCGAAACUCAGAUCGACUGAUAGAAGAAACAAUAAGCAUUGCCAUGGCAACUAAAGAAAAUAUGACUUCGCAGAGAGGGAUGUUGAAGUCAAUACAAAGCAAGAUUAAUACCUUGGCUAGUAUCCUUUCCUAAAAAUUCGUGCUGCCGCUGCAUAAGAAGAGCAUCGGGAUUUCCACACACAGACUUUGGGGCUCGUUAGCGAAGAUGCCAUUUGCUGAUAUGCCCUUGACUCAGACUCCUUUAAGAUCGGUUUCCCGCAGUGAACAGCCUGAUUCAAAGGAUCAACCUUCGGAAACGACGAGAUUCCCUCAUCUUGGGUGCCGUUAUCGGCAUCUGUACCAUCUUACUGCUUCUAUACGCUUUUCAUUGAUGGAUGUUCCCCCACGGACUCUGCUAAACUCAUCACCGCCAUCCCUCUGCGCCCCAGUCGAGGAAAAGUGAGUGGGGGACACAACAGACUUCACACAGCCGGCUCGGCGUGGCCGGGGUGUCACCAUGACGUCUGGAGCUUGUGACAGUAGACAGCAACACUGGUUUGGGGUUGAAGCUGCAGUGUUUCUCCUUCCCUGCCAUAUACAUCUUCCUUUGGUUAAAUUUUGUGGGAUUUAUUUGUCUUUAAUUCCCUUUCUCACUGCAAGGUAGGUAAAUAGGGGACGCGUACCAGAAUGGGUAGAACCGUUUCUGUGUCUGGUGUCGGCUUGUAAGUGGCAAAAGAUGGUUACGCUUGCCUGGGGUGGAAACUCCGCAGGAAGCCGGUUUCCUCCAUAGGCCACCACAAUACUGAACACAGAAUAUUGCAGCUUUAAGCCAUCAGGUUGCUUUACUACUAAAUACAUGUUCUGCAAUUCUUUUUUAACUCAUGGUUGAGAUACUAGUUAUUUCUGCAUAAUUUGUGCUGUGAAAACUGUGCUUCACACAAAUUCCUCAAAGUAAAAAAAUAAAGGGUUGUUCAGUUUACUUUUUGCACAGAAUAUGAAUAAACUACCCUCUGAGGAACAUUUGUAAGAUUUCUUGUGGCUUUAAAGGGACUGAUAAGUCCCUCCUUGUAAAAAGGGAGCACAAUGUCCCAGCAGCUCUUUACUGUAGUGCUCAGUCAUCUGAAAAGUGACCAAACGUGAGUUCACCAAAAGUAGACUUUUGGGUGUAAAUACUUGGAUUUUGGCUGGCAUCAUAAAAGUCUUUGUAAAGACACGAGAAACAGUUUGAAAAGUCUAUAUUGUAAUUUAGAUAAAGUUAUUCUAAUAGCGUUAAUAUUUUUACACCGCAAGUAGGAUAUAAUCUAAACUAUCAAUUGGAAAUGGAAGUGAUGAUGGUCAUACCUGAGGCAAACGUAUCUGUGUGAAGAAUUUUUGGACAUAACUCCUCAUAGUAAAGAGUUGAAUGUAUGAAUAGUGAAACAAGUAUUAUUUACCAUUAUCUGGGGGAAAAGAAAGAUUUUUUUUGUCCAGAUGUGCAACAUGAAUCCUUUUUAAGAACUUGAUCAACUCUUUUCACAAUCAAUUCGCAGUGCUCCGAACAGAUUUCACGUAUCCCAUUACCCACACAUGUCAGAUACUCUCCAGGUUCUCUUCUGGAACAGAGUCGAGCAGGACAGACACAGUUUUUACUGCUCUUUAUAGUGUCUGUGAAGUACCUGUUGGAGGGAGUAGACACUUGUGCCUGUGUGUGAGCAAAACAACACCGUUGCUCCUAAAAUAUUUCUAUGGAUUUGAAGGCUUAUUUGCAGAUUAAUAACUUUGUGCUAAAAAGUUGACAAAAACGUGUAAUCAGCCACCUCGUCAGUGGGAUUAGAAAGCAUUUGGAAUUAUUACAUAUAAAACUGUGGGGCUUGUAUUUUAAAUAAAGGGUGGCUAUUUGGUUGAUUUGGGAUGUUUCUGGUUGGAAAGGAAGUGUUUAUUACAGGGGUUUCUGAAAAGCCUUGAUGGAUAAAGGAGGUUUAUUAAUGAAUCUGUGUUGGGAGAUCAAACCUGUUCUCCCUGAUGAUGCUUCUCUGAUUCCACCACCACCCUAAGGGACCCUGAUCAACAGUUCUGCUUCUGUUUAGGAUUUGUAGGAUAUGGUUGCUAUAUAGUUGGCAAUAUGAGAUCUGCAGUACCGUAAAUAAAUUCAUUUAUUUAAUCUUAUAACCAGUCUUUUUACUGGACUUAAUUGAUUAUUUGGUGCAUAUAUUUAAUCUUAUUGUGUGAAAAAGCUGCUAUGGAAAAUAUGUAGAUUGUAAUAAAUAUGUAAACAUAACGGAUUUUUUUCAUGUUAUGAAAAUGUUAUGGAGGAACUGAUAUAUUUUAGUAUAAAUUAACGGAAAUGUGCUGAAUUAUCUCUGAUAAAGCUUUACUGGAAAUGGC